CUCGCCCGAGCAACAAGUGAAACGGAAGAAUCGGAAAUCCGAGGAAACUGAAGAAAAAGACUAAAGAAACAGAAGAACGCUUUAAUAAUAUUGUGAAACAUAGACAACAGUGCCCAGAAUCAAAUUCAAGUGCUAAGGAAACAGAGUGAAUCGCGCGCUGCAGUUUCACUAGUGUUUUCCCCAAGGACAGUGUAUAUAUUUGUGCCAGUUGCCGACUACGACGACAACGACAGCGAAGCGGGUCCAAAGUAUUGCCCGGAGAACGUGGUAGAAUCGAUUCCUUUGCGGCGCAUUUGACCGCCUGGCCUGCCCAUAAACAUGACCGCCAUAUAACCGAACACCGCGGACGCAACCACACAAAGAGUCGGAGCUUUGCGAUUAGACAAGCAGAUUAGCAGACCCAAGGCUGUCCCAGGAGAGCCACACUUUGCCGGCAAGGAGACAGGUCUAGGAGGAGUACAUACCACCAAAGAUGAAUAGCCUGGCACGAGUGUUUAGCAACUUUCGUGAUUUUUACAAUGAGAUCAAUGCGGCCACGCUCACCGGAGCCAUCGAUGUGAUUGUGGUGGAGCAGCGGGAUGGAGAGUUCCAGUGUUCGCCCUUCCAUGUCCGCUUUGGCAAGCUGGGAGUGUUGAGGAGCAGGGAGAAGGUGGUGGACAUUGAAAUCAAUGGCGCACCCGUUGAUAUACAGAUGAAGCUGGGUGACUCCGGCGAGGCAUUCUUCGUGGAGGAGUGCCUGGAAGAUGAGGAUGAGGAGCUGCCCGCUAACCUGGCCACCUCACCCAUUCCCAACAGCUUCCUUCAGUCGCGAGACAAGGGCAAUGACACCAUGGAGGAUAUCAGUGGAGUGGCGGCCGACAAAAAUGCUAGCGAGGAGCUGCAAUUGCCAAUGCCGCUGCCGCGACGCAACUCCAUAGACUUCUCCAAGGAGGAGCCCAAGGAAGCGGCCGUCGAGGGCGGCAAGUUCGAGAACCAGGUCUCGGAUUAUACGCAGCGCAGACACACUGACAACACGCUGGAACGUCGCAAUCUGGGCGAGAAACUCAAGGAGUACACCACGCAGAAGAUUCGUCAGGAGUGGGCCGAGCAUGAGGAGCUGUUCCAGGGUUCCGAGAAGAAGUCAUCGGAGACUGAGCUGCUGGAGAACCAAAGCAAGGCAGCAUUAGAGGCUGAAAAGGAUGCCCAAGUGGCUGAGAAAGAGAAGGAUGCCAAGCCAGACCUAACCCUCACACCGGUCACCACUAGCGAACCCAUUAAGGAGAUUGCUGCCAAGGGCAAGACCAAGAAGCGACGCAAGAAGUCACAGAUGAAGAAGAACGCCCAGCGCAAGACCUCCUCCAGCAGCUCGGUUGGCAGUGCCGCUGGCGGUGACUUGGCCUCAGCGGAGACCGCCUCCCUGGGUGUAACCAACAUCGAAGAGGGCGAUGUCCAAGUUUCCAGUGCCACCAAUAAUAACAACAAUAACACCUCCUCGUCCAAUGACGAGCAACCGUCAGCUCCUCUCCUCACCGCCCACACCGGUGAUGAUAGCCCACUGAGCGAGCCCCACACUCCAACCACCAAUCCACGCCUGGAUCUGGACAUUCACUUCUUCAGCGACACCGAGGUCUCCACCCCGGUGGUCAGUGGAUCGGGUCGCGCCGCCGGCGGUCGACCAUCAACGCCCAUUCAGAGCGACAGUGAGCUGGAGACGACGAUGCGGGACAAGCGUCGUGGAGUGGACGAGGACAGCGCCGCUGCCUCGUGGAAGUGGGGCGAGCUGCCGACGCCCGAGCAAGCCAAGACCGAGGGCAAUGAGGCGCAGAUGGAACGCCACUCGAUGCUCAGCAAUAUGUUCAGCUUCAUGAAGCGCGCCAAUAGGCUGCGCAAGGAGGUGGGCGUAGCUGAGGCCGGGGACAUCUACCUGUCCGACCUGGAUGCCGGCAGUCUGGACCCUGAGAUGGCGGCUCUCUACUUCCCGUCGCAAAAGCCUAAGGAACCCUUCUUGCCGCCGGAGGAAGAUCGAGAGAGCGGCAACGGCACCAGUCUGCCGCACUCCCCCAGCUCGCUGGAGGAAGGCCAGAAGAGUCUGGACUCGGACUUUGAUGAGGCCAAGCAGCAGCAGCAGCAGAAGGACAAGUACUUGGACUUUGUGGCCAUGUCCAUGUGCGGAAUGUCAGAGCAAGGCGGAGAGCCCACGGAAGAGGAGUUCAAUAGCCACCUGGUCAGCUACCCAGAUGUGUGCAAAAGCCCCAGCAUAUUCUCAUCGCCUAACCUAGUCGUACGGCUGAAUGGCAAAUACUACACCUGGAUGGCUGCAUGUCCCAUUGUCAUGACAAUGAUCACCUUCCAGAAGCCACUAACCCAUGAUGCCAUUGAGCAGCUCAUGUCGCAGGGCGACAAGUGUCUGGCCAGCGAGGAUAAGCAAGAAGCAGCCGCUCAGGUGGAUAGUGCUGGGCAGACCAGGCGUUACUGGUGGAGCUGGAGGCGCUCGCAGGAUGCAGCACCCAAUCAUGUUGGCAAUGCCCAUGGAAUGCCUCUGGGCAAGGAUGAGAAAGAUGGCGAUCAGGCAGCUGUAGCCACGCAAACCUCUCGCCCCAACUCGCCGGACAUUAGUGAUCCAACGCUUAGCAAGAGCGAUUCGCUGGUGAAUGCAGAGAACACCUCUGCUCUGGUGGACAACCUCGAGGAGCUGACCAUGGCCUCCAACAAGAGCGACGAGCCCAAAGAGCGGUACAAGAAGUCACUGCGCCUGAGUUCCGCGGCCAUUAAAAAACUAAACCUGAAGGAGGGCAUGAACGAGAUCGAGUUCAGCGUGACCACCGCCUAUCAGGGAACGACUCGCUGCAAGUGCUACCUGUUCCGCUGGAAGCACAACGACAAGGUCGUCAUCUCCGACAUUGAUGGCACCAUCACCAAGUCGGACGUGCUGGGCCAUAUUCUGCCCAUGGUAGGCAAGGACUGGGCACAGCUGGGCGUAGCUCAGUUGUUCUCAAAGAUCGAGCAGAAUGGCUACAAGCUGCUCUACCUCUCGGCCCGCGCCAUUGGCCAGAGCAGGGCGACACGCGAGUACCUGCGCUCAAUCCGGCAGGGUGAUGUAAUGCUGCCGGACGGACCACUGCUGCUCAAUCCCACAUCCCUGAUCUCGGCCUUCCAUCGCGAGGUGAUCGAGAAGAAGCCGGAGCAAUUUAAGAUUGCGUGUCUGUCGGAUAUUCGUGACUUAUUCCCCGACAAGGAGCCCUUCUAUGCCGGCUAUGGCAAUCGCAUUAAUGACGUGUGGGCCUAUCGUGCCGUGGGCAUACCCAUCAUGCGCAUAUUUACCAUCAACGCCAAGGGCGAGCUUAAGCACGAGCUAACCCAAACAUUCCAGUCCUCUGGCUACAUCAAUCAGUCGCUAGAAGUCGACGAGUACUUUCCCCUGCUAAACAACCACGACGAUUUCGAUUACCGGACGGAUGUCUUCGACGACGAGGAGUCCGAGGAAGAGUUGCAGUUCAGCGAUGAUUACGAUGUGGACGCCGAGCAAGAUGUUAGCGACUCUGAUGACGACGAGGCGAUCUAUGACGAUGAUUUUGCCAACGAUGAUGGCAUAGAGGAGGACGCCUCCGGCAACGAGCAGUCCCCAGAUGUGGGGCAGCUCAUCAUGCGGGUGCGCCGCGAGUCGGCCACCAAGAACAAGGUGGACCUGUCCCUGGCGACCAGAUGGUCGUCAAAUUCCCAGACAUAGAUUCGAUGAGGGUUGAGCUGCCUGCAGGCAGCAGCUAACCAACAAAUUGUGAUAAGUUUUCUAACAGAGUUAGGAGUGUGUCCUAUAGUUAUAUACCAUAUAUGUUAUAUUUGUAUGCGAGUGCCAGAUCCGCAAACUACAAGUUUGCGGACCAGUUAAGUUUGGAAAGUAUUCUGCAGCAGCAGGUCUUUAUGUUUAGCUUUAAGGAGAUGAAAUCUACAAGCAAUAUUAAGCCACAUUGACCAAUAAAGUCUACCUGAUAUUUUUGUUUGCUAUGAUUAUGGUAA